AUGGGACGCAAGAAGAAGAAGCAGUCGAGGCCCUGGUGUUGGUAUUGUAAUAGAGAAUUUGAAGAUGAAAAAAUUCUGAUCCAGCACCAAAAAGCAAAACAUUUUAAAUGUCACAUUUGUCAUAAAAAACUUUACACGGGACCAGGACUUAGUAUACAUUGUAUGCAGGUGCAUAAAGAAGCAAUAGAUAAAGUACCUAAUUCUUUGCCAAAUCGUAGCAAUAUUGAAAUAGAAAUAUAUGGUAUGGAAGGUAUACCGCCAAAUGAUGCAAAAGAACAUGAAAGGCAAAGAAAUGGAGGUAGACCUGGUUCACCAAGUUCUGGUGAAGAUGAACCUGUACGCAAGAAAGCAAAACCAGAAGGUUUAUUGGGUUCUGCACCAGGAGCUAUACCUACAGGCUCUAACAUGAUGCCAGGUGUAAUGCCAGGUAUGGCAGCUCAUCCUGGUAUGCCACCAAUGGGACAGUUCCCACCACCCAUGCAUCAUAUGAUGGGACCUAUGGGUCCUGUAGGUCCACCUUUCAUGGGUCCUGGUAUGAUGCCUGGAAUGCCAGGUAUGCCUCCUGGCAUUCAACCACCAGUAUCAGGUGCAUCCAUACCACCAACACGACCAUUAUUUCCAAGUGCUGCAGCUGUUUCAACAGCAGCAUCUACUGCUGUGACUUCUCCCUUGGGCACAGAUUUUAAACCAAUUACAUCAGUGGCUGGUGGAUCCAUAGGUCCUGUUAAGCCAACAUUCCCUGCUUAUAGUAAUGCAGACAGUAAUACAGCUACUAGUAAUAAUAUUGGAAGUGAUCAGAAAGUAAAUCUUAUAGCAACUACUAGUGCUGCAAUUAAAAUCAUUCAUCCACCAGAAGACCUUAGCCUAGAGGAAAUUAGAGCAAGACUUCCAAAAUAUCAACGCCGACAAACUGAAGAAUCUCGAACUGUGCAAGCUGAUACCAGUCAACAAGCUGUUGCAUUACAACAGCAGCAGCAACAACAGCAACAACAAGCUGCUGCUGCUAAUGCAGCUGCUGCAUUUCAGGAUCAGCAGCAGCGACAACAAGCUGCGUUAAAUGCACUUCAACAACAACAACAAAGAUUUCAGAGACCACCACAAGCAGUAAUGGUUCCUGCAUCUGCAGCAAUGCCUGUUAGUUCUGUUGCAUUGAUGGCACCGCUUAUGCGGCCUACUAUGACUCUAGCUGCACCUGCUCUGAUUCAUGGAGGUAACAUGAUGCGACCGCCCCCCAUGGGCCUACCACCAGGAAUGAUAGGAGCGUUGCCACCGGGCGCAAUGCAUCCGGCAUUUGCAGCUCCAAUGGGUUUUCCUGGUGCACCAAUGUUGGCCCCAAUGAUGCACCCACGCUUCAGAUGAUCACCUCCCAUGGACGGGCCCACUCCGCCACUGCACUUCGUGCUCUGGGCCCGCCCCUAAAUUUUAUUAGGGUCCGGACCUGACUGAGAAGAGGAAAAAAGCACGCGUAAAACAUAUUAGCUCGCGUGGGCACACUUCGUUGAUCGGCCGCGGCUGCACUUGACGCAUCCUCUCCCACGAAGUUAGCAAAAUCUUUGUUUUUUUUUUUUCUUAUAUCAUUGCAAAACACGUCACGUCAGUGCCUGAGAGGGUUUACCAGGUGCAGUGGAAACGGUCGGUCGUUCGUCUUCGAUUUUACUUCCAGUAAAAACAUUGAAUAAAUGUUAUUCACUUUUACAUGUGGUCUGUGCUCGCGCGAUAUCAGCGCAACGACGUAACUUCUUCCGAAAGGAGUCUGAAAUGCCAGGUGAGCAACGAAAUCUAUUUUUUUUUUUUUUUACUGUGAAAUCAAUUUUAUUACUCGCCCAGAGGGCGUAAUAAGGAUUUGGUCCUUCGGAUUACUCCUUUUAUGGGUAUUUGUUGUUGCGUUUUCAUCUGAGUACCUGGUAUUGAAAUUGUAGUUACUGAAAAGGAUGAUGGUAUCGUGUUGUUAAUGGCUGUAUGAGCACGAAAGCUUUCGCGUAGAAAACUCGUAAGCUGCUGAUGCUGAUACAGAAAUUUUAUUGUUGUAAAAUCAUAUAUAAGCAAUGUUACGUUGCUCAUCGUGAUGUGAAUUGUGAAAUCAGCUCUGGAAGGUGUAGAUCUUUCAGCUGAUAAGUUUAAGUAGAAUGAACUUCUAUACGAUCUUGGGUUGUCCUUUUAUUUUACGGUAGACCGUUUCCACGCGCUGUUUCUCAGCCUCUGCACCAGUGUUCUCUUGGAGAGACGCGAUUGCGGAAAGGUGGCGUUUCACACUGCAGCUCGAAAGAGGGUUCUCUUUCAAUUAAAUCUUUACGUUUAGUUGUUUUUUUUUCUCUCUUUUUUAACAAAAGUGUUUUCUCCAUUUUAUCAGGUGUAUAUAUUAACCGUGUGAUCUUGAUUUCUAUAUGCUUUACUAUAACAUAUCGGUCGUAUCAUUUGAUUUCCUUACUAGAGGAAUAUUAAAAAAGUGUAAGCCGCAGUGUGAAUAUUCUGUCGCCUCAGGUUAGUUUGCCAUAACUUUUAUUUUGUUAACACUUCAGAUCGAGUCGAUUGACUUUUGGUCCAUAAUUCACCUUUUCCUUUGUACACAUUCUUAUGUGAUAUUUUAAUUCACUUUUUCAUGUGGUGCUCACUUGAUGGUUAUUUAAGGAUUAUUUUAUUAUUUAAUACGACAAAUAUUGAGAUUUCUAUAAUAGAUAGCGCAAUAAAUAUACACCUCACAAAAACACAAAUACACAUACACACAUAAUUUCGUCAGUACGUUCUAUAUAAGUAAAAGAAAAAAUUGUUAUAUAAACGUAUGU